AUGAUACCCGCUGGCUUCCCGUUCAGCGCAUACGUACGCACGCAGAAGUUUGUCACUGAAGAAUGGAACGCCUUCUUCUCUAACGGACGAGCCAUCGUAGAUGGUGGUUGGAGAGGUAUUUUGUAUGCCAAUCUGGCGACCAUCCAGCCGGCUGCCAGUUAUGCAUUUUUCUCAGACCCCAAUUUCAAUCCUGCCUACCUUGAUGGUGGGGCUAGUUUGACUUGGUACUUGACUUACUCGGCAGCACUGGGCGGCUCGCCUGCUGGUGCGGCCAAGCGAUCGGAGGAUGAAGGAGUUGUUCUGGAAGAAGAGCCGAUGGAGAAACAGGUCGAGAGCGAAAGAGCAACCAAGGCUGUCCAUCAGCGUAGGGGUCAUGGACAUGGGCAUGCGAAGCUCUGA